AUGAUGAUGAUGAUGAUGAUGAUGAUGAUGAUGAUGAUGAUGAUGAUGAUGAUGAUGAUGAUGAUGAUGAUGAUAAUGAUGAUGAUGGUGAUGAUGAUGAUGAUGAUGUAACUGACUAGCUAACUGUUUGUAUGGUUGAUUGUCUGCUGGACUGACUGUUUGAUUCAUUAACUGACUGGCUCAAUGUUUCAAAUGGUUGAUUGACUGCUGGACUGACUGUUUUAUGGUUUAAGUCCCAUUGUCUUAUUUUUGGGCUGAGACAGAAUUGAUAGGAAACUGAAUUGAAUGGUACUUAAUAUUUUUCUCACAAUCCUUGAGUAAUAACUGUUUCUUCUAACAAGGUGAUGCAUUUAUUUGAGGAUGUUUAUUAUUGGUAACUUUGCUUCUUUCCCUGGCUUUUAAUAGAGAGGAGAAGUCACUACAUCACAUUGCCAUGGUAGCAAAAUUUUUUGAUGACAACAACCUAAAACGUCACUUACACUGUAAAAAGUGGAUUCGCACUGCUUCAAACUUCAUCGAUCUUUUUUCAUUUCAUUUAAUUUGUCAAAUGUUGGUGAAAUUUUCUGGGUCAAAUCGGAAAGGAGGGUAUGUAAGUUUAGAAAAAGAAAAACAAAACUUUUGUGUUGUGCUCUGCACCUACUCCAUAAGGUGGGCGCGUGAAAUUAGGAAGUUUCAUGUCGCGGUCAUACAAUCUAAUUUUGCCAAUCUAAACCUAUUGUUUUUUUCUGUUCGCUGUUACUGUUGCAAAAACUCCCUAUUGUUGCCAUCCAGAAAUUUUGCUACCAUGGUAACAUGAUGUCAGACUUCUCCUUUCUAUUACAGGUAGUAUUAAUUGAGUACAGUGAAUUUAUAGGGUAUGUCACACAUGGUAUAUGAACACAACAUAAUUUUCACUGUAAAAAAAUUUUGACUUUGUUUUUAUCAUCAGGAUUUAGAUGUUAUUAUAAAUUAUUGCUAUUGUUUAAAGAGUAUGAUAAUACUAAACUAAGAUGUUUUAAAAUAAUUCUUUUACCAUUUCUAGUCAAUUAAAAUAUCAUGCAAUACAAACCUGAUGUUGCAAGACUCUCCACAAUCCACAGCCCAACUCUUGAACCAGGUAAACAUGAUGUCUCAUAUCACUUGCCCUCUAAUCCAUCCUCUCCAUUCUCUCCUAAACAAGGUUCUUGUACUAGGUGAUGUCAUCCAGCCAGCUCUAGUUUGCCCUGUCCAUUGCCCAGCCAUCUGUCUUGUUUCGCUUCCAGUCUGUCCUCUCCAUUAUCUAGUUGGUUGUACUAGGUGUAAUUGUUAUGUCAUCCAGCCAGUUGAUUUAAUCCCAUCUAGUGUCCAACACUGUGCGCCCAUUAAUGUAACCCUCUCUCAGUCUACCAUGCUUGUAGUUGCUUCCUGUUGGACAAGAAAGAAAAUUCUUAUGACAUGAAUAUUUACAUUUAAAGGUAAAUUUUAAUAAUAAGUGCUUCUACCAAAAGAUGGAUUCUGCAUGACCGGCAAAAGCAAAGAGAGAGAAUGUUUUGAAGAAGAAAAUAACAAUGAAAACUUCAACAACAGAUCAUUCGUGUGAUUUUUCCGAGGAAGAAGUGGAUAAACUAAGAAAUGUUGCUUUCCCCAAAAAAGAAUGAAAUGCAAUGAAAAAAUAUCCAGUUUUAGUAACAUACAUGUACAGACAUUGUUUAAAAGAAUUCAAGACUAUUUUAAUGCAAUGUAUAUAAUAAAUGUAGGCGAUGGAUCCAAGCUGCAUCAUUGUUCAGUGUGCUGCGUCUUAAGUACAGGUCACAUGCCACAGGUCAAGAGUAUACAGGUCACUGCUCCGUCGAUAAAUUACCAAACCACACAGAUUAUACCCUCAAUCUAAUAGAGUAUUUUGCUAAGAGAUUAGAGCUAGGAGACAGUUUUAAUGCUGUUUGUUUAUCUGUAUCAUGGUGACCUGUACUCUGACCUGUGGAAAAGUCACCUGUAUUUAAAGGAACAGUAUCCUGUCACUGCGCAUGCACUAAACUUUGAUUUCUGGACAGGAUGACGCCAAAUCAAAAGAUGCGAGGAGAGUAAGAGAACCUUGAAAAAUCUGUUUGCAUUACGCUUGGCCAAGUGCGAUACUACACUAAAACUUCUCAGGAUUACAGAUCAAUGAUAUAUUGUUCCCGCUGAGUUUCGAUUUGGGCAAAAUCUGGAUUUUUUGGUGUAACUUUUAUUGCCGUUGGCUGGAGGACCAAAAGAUGGGAAUUGCUUUGAUGCUGAUUGAAGGCUUAUUUCUUCUGCCAGCCUCCAUACAAGCUCAGAUAAUUGUGAAAGGAAUACGCAAAAAUGAAACAGCAACAAUAGAGACUGUAAGAAAGAAACUAUUGAGACAUGGAUGUGACUCAGGAGAUCUUGUGGAAUUAAGUUUCGUGAAGCAGAAUGAGUAAACUUUUAAAUGAACCUCCCUACGGCCGACAAAAUCAAACAAACAGGUGCUACAUGUUUAGAAAAACUAGUGCAAUGAAAUCAUCAUAUAAUUAAUUUUUUGACUGAUAAUUCAUCGCAUUGAGAUUGCAUUUUUAUCUAUAUCUUUCAAACAUUUGAGGCUAGAAUGCAAGCAAAUCAGGUAAAUAUUACUGGACUUGGAACAAUUGACCUCUGACACGAGUUUCACAUUAGAAAAGCUGUUUUUAAAGCGUGCGGAACAAGAUUUUCGGGUCACGAAGCGGCCCUGCUAGCUACAAAAUCGCGAUGAGUCUUCGUGCUGCAAGCCAAAUUUUAAAUAAGACAAAAAACUUCUUCGAAAGUCUAAAAUAUUACUUGAGAAUGUAAACAACAAAUCUCCAUCAGCGGUGCAGUGCAGAAGGAAAUCUUGUCGAGUCAUUAUGACAGUUCUAUUGUCUUUUGAAGAAAAAACAGAUGAUGCGCGUGCGUGCGCACAAUCGGGACACUGUCAGGACACUGUCCCUUUAAGGCCACCCAUUGUUCAGUCUUGGUCAUGAUCAAGUAGGGACUAUUCAUCAGAGAAUUAUGCCCAACAAUAAACAAUGAUAGGGGCCUGGACCUAGUGCCUACAGGUAUAACAGAGGGUAAAAUUGGUCAGACACAUGAUUUGCAGUAAUCAUGUGAUUAAUACAGCUAUGACUCUGACAUUUGACUAAUAAAGACAUUAGGAUAACACUGAAAUAUCUUGGUUAAAACUAUCUUUGCUCUUUCUUUAUAGACUGUCUGAUGGAAGGAAUAAAAGGCUGACAGUCCUGACUGUAUAAGUGGAUGCUAGCCAGAGAAAAUAGCAAAGUGAUGGCUAUUGUGAGAAACCAAAACAGCCAACAUUUCAGGAUCCACCAAUAAAUUAACUGACUGGCUAAUUGUUUGAAUGGUUUAUUGACUAAUAGACUGACUCUUCUAUGAAAUAUCUGAUUGGCUAACUGUUUAAAUGGCUGAUUGACAGCUGACUCAUGAACUGACUUUUUGACUGAUUAACUAACUGACUGGCUAACUAUUUGAAUUGUUGAUUGGCUUAUUUACUGACUAUUUGAUUGAUAAACUGACUGGCUAACAGUUUGAAUGGUUGAAUGACAAACAAAUUGUUAAAGUCCUAUUAAUAUCAACUCGACAAAUGUUGCUCAGAGGGAAGACUCGAAGGUUUCAAGGUUUCUUAAGAUAAUGAAGCUCAUUGAAUACUGAAUAGCUAACAAAUGCCACGAUUGUCAUCAUUGUUGUAAAUGGUGAUCAAAGCAUCAUGGAAAGUGGCGUGACAGAAGGCAGGAAAAACACUGCCAGUUUUCUUUUUCGUGAAUGAACAAAACAACACAAACACAAAGCCUCAAGCUAAAAAGCAACGAUUUUUAAAGUCAUCCCAGAAGGGAAACAGCAGCUAGUGAAGGAAAAGGAUGCAGAUAAUAUAAGGAAAGUACUUUGUAAAUCAUUCAUUUGGUGGUUUUAAGAAUUAAAGUUGCAUUGUUAUAAGUACUGAGUCGACUGUUUUGGUUCGCUGUGGUUAUUCUUUUGUUGCUGUUGAAGUGAAAGUCUAGGAAUACAAAAAAAAACACUUAAUGUCAGGUCCCUCGACUCGGGAUACGUCAGGACUCUUGGGAAAACAAAACUAACUGUUUCCCUCGAGAUCUGACAUUAAGUGUACAUUGUUUACUAGAAAAUUUGCUCAAACGAUUUUAGGAAAUCACCUCGUUUUUACAAUAUCUGCAAUGAAAUUAUACUUCAUUUAACGUUAAGGUUGAUAGCCUAAAAUUAAUAAUUUCCUUCCAAGAAAAUUAUCAAACUGCCUAAAUAUAUUUCUACUCGUAUCAUGUUAUUCUACUCAAUAAAACAAUAUGUAAUUAUAUUGUCAACUAGCUUCUUCCAAUUUAACACCCUGACCUGACUGCUACUGUUUUGACUAAGAACGGUGCCCACUAAUGGGGAGUAUUUUUUUCCCACAUAAUGACUAUGUGAGACAAGUAGAUCAUACCAGGGGCUAUUGAAAUCUAAAAAAAAAACUGGGGGUAACCACGCAUUUUUCAGAGAUAACUGUGCCUCAAUAUGGAGAAAAAUCCUGAAUAGGCAUUUUUCAGAAAAAUGAUAAAAAGUUAUAUUUUCCCCAAAUUUCAGAGUGUACGCGUGAACUGGCACAAAUGCAAUGAUAAUUGUAAUAAGGUUUCAAAAUAAGCAACAAAUGAUAACAUAACUGCUCUUUAUACGUCUUUUUUUGAAAUAUCAGCACAACUAGGAAGUUAUCAGCAGUUACCCCUCCCCACGCGUUUGCCUUAAAAACAGUGUAAACGACAUUUUCCCCGAACCAAAACUUGAUUGUUUGCUGAGAAGGCUUAUUACUUCCAUUUGGUAAGAUAAAAAGUAGGGGUUACCAUGCAUUUUUAGAAGUUAAAUUGGUUGGUUUCGACCUUAACUUAAUCGCUUUGGGGGUUAUUUAGAAAUUUUCCCAUCCCCUGCCUGGUCAGUUUCACUAUUGCGUCACUCAACGUGGAGUACUCAGGGAUAUCCACAAUGGCUAACAGUCAGAGAAAACAACAACACACGGAGGAGAGUAAAAACAGAAAGUGAAGUGGGACACUUGAAGUGGGAUUUUUCAUCUGUUAAAAAACGAUGGAUCUUUUCCACAAGAAAUAACUCGAACUUCCCAGACUUACAGGAGACAAAACAGUCCGCAUGUCCUGCGGGUUUGGUCAUUUCUUUCGCGUCGCGUGAGACUACCUUGGCAUGCACAGAAAAUGUGUGCAGUAACAAUAGUGGGCACUGUCCUUAAUGCCAAUUUAUUUGGAACUUCAUAUGACUCAUGGAAAGUAUGCCAAUAAAUGAUGCUGUUGUUGUUGAAAGGGGAAAAUGACUCGUUUAAAAGGUCAGUCACACAAUCAUUCAACCCUCAAUUAAUGACCCGCCUGUUAAAUGAAUAGGUACUUUUCUUCUAUGUGUUCUGAGGGUAAAUGAUAAAAAACUCAAAGCUAAAAAAGGGGAAUCCAAAAGUUAAUGCAUCAAAGCAGAAAAUUUUAAGACUUGAGAACGUAGAAUGAGCAAGGAACAGCCAUCAACAGACAUCAGGUAAAAAAGUUACAACUUUUGUUAUAUUUCUUAUAGAAAACAGCAAUUUCUGAAAUUUAAUUUCUAUUAAUGAGAAUAGGCCUUUUACAAAACAGGUUGCUAUUUAAUACGGAAAUAAUAUAUAUAACAGGCCUACUUAUUUUUGAAAAGCCUAACUAUGAUAAAAUAUUUGUCGCAAUUCAUGUGCGUGCUGAAUAGAGUACAAGAUAGAGAUUGAUCAAACUUGACGAUUUUCAGUCUCAAAACCUAAAAAAUGUACGAUAAGUCACAUUUCUGCUGAGAGCCGGAUAGAGUACCAGUUAAAGCAUAACUAGUUUCAACUGAUAAAAGUGAGAAUUUUGGACUUUUUAGAUGCUAUAUACAGUGUGAAGACGACGCACGGUUUAUCUCAUGGUCAAUUUCGUAUACUAGUUUCAACACUAUUUUCACUCUUAAAACCUAAAAAAUCUACGAUAUAUGUCACAUUUUUGUUGGGUGGCGAAUAGAGUGCGAGGCAGAAAAUAACCAAAGCUGCCUUUUGUUACUCUGUAAAACCUAAAAAAUGUGCGAUAUAUGUCACAUUUCUGCUGUGUACCGAAUAGAGUACGAGAUAAAACCUGAAAAAUCUACGAUGUAUGUCACAUUUUUGUCGCAUGCAGAAUAAAGUAUGAGAGAAGAAUAACCAAUGUUGCCAUUUUAUACUCUGUAAACCAGAAAAAUGUGAUGUAUGGCAGAUUUCUGCAGCGUGCUGAAUAGAGUACGAAAUAAUUAAAGAAUGAUCACACUUGACUAUUUUCAGUUUCAAAACCUGAAAAAUGAACAAUAUUUGUCACAUUCAGCUGCAUGCAGAAUAGAGUACAAGAGAAAGAAUGUUUAAAGUUACCUUUUUUCACGCUGUAAACAUAAAAAUGUACGAUAUAUACCACAUUUCUACUACAUGCUCUAAGUUGAGCUUCCCGAGUAAAACUUUGUCAAGAACCUUCGCAGGACUCUUCUCGGCCAAUGUUUUUCUCUUGUGCAUACCGAAUAGUCUGGUAUGAGACUAACAACGAGCUACCUUCCGUUUUGCAGUGUAGGUCGUUUUGUACGCGAAUUAUACUUCAAACAACUUUUCAUGCAAGCGUUACUUCUUUAAUUCCUUGAAAUCUGUGUAUAUUUCUCCUCUGAGAACAGGUUUUUUUUUACAAAGGAUUGCAACAAGUAGGGUACUUUCUUAAGACCAAUUUGUAAUUAAAUUUCUUUCUAUCACGAGAGAUCAAAAUGCAGCGAUACCCAAAUGAGUGGCAGGUGUUGCGCAUAUUUUUUACCAAAUAGCGAAACAGGUUGUCUUGGAAGGGAAAAACAACAAAGCCUAGGUGCAGGCCCUCAAAUGAAUCCGACAAAGAGCAACUAACCAUUUUGUGGGUACAGAACUCUGGGGAUAGUGGUCCGGGAGACAAUGGAACAUUGCAUAUCUCAAAAGAGGAAGCUAUUGAACGACCACGUGAGAUUCAUUCCUCUCCAUCUGAAGUCUGUAAGGAGGUUGGCUUGAAUAGCUUAGUAAGGCAGUUUGGUCGUCGCUUCCAUUGCAAUGGCAUCAAGCAGUUAGCGAAAGAUUUUCUAAAAGCGGUCACUGUAAGUGGUCACUGUUUUUUUCACUGCUUUCCGCACAGAACGAAGUCAACGAGCUUUAACCAGUAAAUUCUUCAUUAUUUGUAGCUGUUAAAUAAAGGUACGGCAGCUCCAGCUGGCAGUAUUUCAUCACAAAAACAACACAUUUAAAUUUUUUUAAGGAAUCGAGGCCCCAUCUGAACAUGGACAUACUUAAAAAUUUUCCUUCCCCUAAAAUUGAUUUCAAAAGAGACAUUAUUCGCACCAAAAGUUGAUUCCUGUAUGGUAAAUGCUGAUUGGCUAAUAAAAUGACACAUCAAGCAGACGUUAGAUUAUCUAAACUAGUAAUAGUUGUCACUACAGCUGCCCCCGCUCUGUUUAUUCUCGCUCAAUAGCAUUCUUGCUCGUUGUGUAGCUCUUUGAAAUAUACCAAUUCAUAAGGAAGAUUUUCACACAUAUUCCAUACAAUAGGUGAGAUAAAUACAGAAAACGCAAGGUUCCAUGCACAGUUUCAGGUCAAUUUACACAGCUUUGAUCAAAACAUUCUCAGUUUCGAGAAUAGCUUAUUAUAAACCAUAAGAAAAGAUUUAAUUAGAAGUUGAAUUUUUCACUAUUUCUCUUUCACGUUUUACAUUCAGUUCAUUUUAUUUGCCGGAAGGAAGCCUUAGAAAUUAAAUGACCUUUGAUCAAUUCCCACUCGCGCAUUCUAGUCUAUUUUAAACUUUAUAGCAAAGAGAGAUCAUUCUGUGAGCAGGGAAUAAGUCAGCACAGAAUUUGAUUGUCGGCAAAUUUCUGUAAUCAUCCAUUGUUCUGAUAGGGAGAAGCUAGCCGUUGUUCACUCGUCUUGCUUGUUUGGGGCUGAGUCUUAUUCUGGUCAAAGAGAGAGAAAGAAUGUCUGACAGGUUUCCAACGAAAGAUUUGUGAACUCCUGUCUGGCAAACUCUCCAAGUGUUUAUAUAUACCCAGUUAUACGCAUCUUAUAACUUCUUCUGUGCUUAAUGAGUGUCGUUAAUAUUUUGGUCCUUAACUUUCACUGAAACAACUGCUCCACAGAAUGUCACUGAUAACACGUAACGAAGUAUGACUGCACAAUAAAUGUCACAAAAUCUAGCUAAGCAGUCCCUUCAGGAUGUUCUCUCUUUACGUCAUCCUAACCAUUUUGUACUUGUGGGUGCAAACAAUAGAAACCUCAUCACUACCUACCGAUUCCUUGCGGCCCCUGUUCAAGCAAAUCGAGAUUUUUUCUAUAUUGACUGUAUGACUGUAUAUUUCAACUGUAAGUACUUUCCUUAAUAUAAGCGCUAGUUACUAGAGUGCCUCCUCAGGAUUUCGCCUUCUCGGCAAAAUCCCUGCAGGGGCAAUUAGGGGGCGGUUGAUGGCUUGUUAAAUGAAUGUGUCAGGCGUUAUUUUUUUCCCUCUCGAGCCAAAGAAGCAAAGAAGCACAAAAAAAAUAACGCCUGAUCUCAGGUUAGGUCAAAUGUUACAUUGCCAACAACAUAUUAAUUGUUUUUCAUCGCAAUUUCAUGAUGAUUGGAGUCAUUUAUCCUCCUUGCAUGUAGCCGUUGGAAAAUUUAAAUUCUUACAUUAAUAAAAGAAUCUUAGUUCCUACCACAUUUCUACGAUCUCAGAAGAGCCUUACCUUUAAUUUAACCUCCAAGCCGACAGACUUAUUGUGCUGCUUUGCGUCAAAGCUUGUUUCCUGUUGUUGAAGUAGCACAUUUCUUUUCACCCGAAGGAGCUAAACGACGACGAAUAAGCCACGAGAUGGUUAACCGUUUCAGCCACGGUGUUGAAGUUCAGUACAAACGGUGAUCCGAAAAUCACUGUAAAGUUCAAAACAAGAACAUUUUAGGCGCCAUCUUGGUUGCUUUUAGGUCCCAGGUCUCACUCGUGUAAAGAGAUUUAGAAAUUAUACCACGUGACCAACCUGUGUCCAUAUGAGAGUUAACCUAUUUUACGAUCUCUUGUACCCUGCGAGCAGAGGCCCUUCGAUCUUCCUAGAUAGGAAGAUCGAAGGGCCUCUGCUCGCAGGGUAGAUCUCUUGCAAAUACAGAUUUAUUUCGAAAAAUGAAAAACAAACACUGUGCGCUGUUUUAAAACUGCUCAGGGCUAAUCGAUGAAAAGCCGAUGAUUCCGUUUUUAGUCUUAUUUUUACCAAAUACAUAUACCUGGUUUUUUGAAAACCGGGCUACCAAAAAAUGUCAGUCUCUCGCACUAAUUGUUAAUUUGAUGGCCCUUGUUAGUUGAAAAGUAAAAUCUCACCUUAAAAAGAAAUUAUUGAAUACUCAAUACAUGAGCUUCCAUUUGAUAGAAUCGUCUGUCUUGAAGGUAACAAAAGUGAAGUUUUCCUCAUUAAUCUGGAAAAUAAGGCAUUUUAAGAAGCAAUUUUUAGUGUCGGUAUCACCGAUUGCAAAGCCAAUUCCCCAGUUUAAUUGAAGCUGGUCUCCCAAAAACAAUCUAAGCCAACACUGCUCAACAAAACCAAGUCCUAAAACCAGCAGUUCAAUUGCUUGCUGACUAGGAACAUUAUCAACAGAGUGGGUCAUUGCUUUCAUGCAAACAGCACAAACAAACUGCAUAAGAGUGCAAAAACACAUCAAACUUUACAACAACCCCACUCCCCUGGAAUUUAACCAGACUACAAGUACAAAAACUCAGCAAAUCUGCACUCUAGCACAAAGCAUAGUCUUUACAACAACCCCACCCCCCUGGAAUUUAACCAGGCUACCCCAAAUGCAUACCAGAUGAUAGCCCUGUGUCUGUGCAACANCAACCCCCCCCCCCGGAAUUUUACCCGGGCGCCCCCAAAUCCAUACCGGAUAAAACCCCGGUGUCUGGCAAACAACAUGCCCCCCAGCCAGAAAAAACCCCCCCCCCCUCUUAAUUUGAGGUCGUGCAAAUUUUCUGGAAUUUGCACUGAUUUCUGUCAAUCCAGGAAGUUAGUCCUGAAGAGCGAGAUUGUUAUUGUUACACUAAAAGUAUCAGGGCUUUAAGCAAAUUAAGUUUUGAAAGAUUGCCUUCAAUGUGCUGGACUUGACUUAAGAUUUCAGGCAACCCGGUUUUCAAAACUCCAGGUAGACAUAUAAAGAAAAAAUUUGAAUUUUUUUCUAACCAAAAUCAUCGGUUUACCCGUUUAAAAAAAUCUGUGUUCUCUAGAAAAGUUUCUUUUAUAUUUAACAUAUCAUUAAACACUAUUUCUGGUCUUAGUUUAACUAAAAUAGAAAAAAAAGAAAAAUAUCGAGGUUUUUUUUACCAAAAUCGUGGGUUAACCUUAUUAUAAAAGUACCAUUUUUGGGACCUUGAAAAACUGACAUUUUUAUAGUCAAGAAGGGCUUCUUUGCUAUUGAUGGUUUUCACCUUUCACAUCUUCAACAGCACCUCUUCUGUGACUAUUUCGCGUUCGUCAAGGGUUCUCUGAAAUACGGAAACUCUCUGUAGCAUCUCCGCUGAAACUGCGUUCAUAUGCUUUGACGUACGGCAGUGAUCUUCAAACUCUUCUGGGUGAAAUCGUUUACAGGGCUCCUUGUUAAAAACUUCGACUUGUUUUGAGGAUUAGACGUGUCAUGUUUUUUGCACAACAAGCAGAACAGACCCUCGCCCAUCUCAGUUUGAACACAAAAUGACAUCGAUCUUUUGUUUAGCCAAUUAUGUUGAAAUUUGUCUCUUUUAGGGGUCAAUAAAAGGCUGGCCCACGCCCAGGUUGGUCUCCUUAACAGAUUUAAUUCAAAAUUUCCGACGAGCAUCCCCGACCCUUUCAUAUGGGAGUCCCCCCCGGUUUAAAAAUAUACAUAUUGCGUGACAGCGUGACACGUCACAAAAAAUAGCAAAAACCCUGUCAGGGGAGGCAGCUCUGGUGGCCAUUUUUCCCGUUUAACCUCUGGGAGAGAGUUAACCGUUUAACCUCCGGCGCGAGGGUUCCCAUUUAACCUCUGGGACCGAGUUAAUGUCCGAGCACCUCCCUGCACUUGCUGGGCCGGAGAUUGGGGUCCGUCAGCAAGCUUGACAGUCCCCCCCCGGUAAGUCAAUCGUCUCCGCUGCACGGGUUAGUCAAGGUCCAAAGUCUCUCAACCGGUAGAGAGUGGUGGGAUAUUGGGGUGGUCGUGUUAGUUGGAUUGAAACGGAAUCUUUUAACUGGAUAUAUAAACCUAGCUUUUGAGUAAAGCGAGACUUAUGGUUUAAAACACUCAUGGUACGGUUCUUCACAGACGCAUGCGUGUUAGGCCAAAAAAAUGGUUUGGAAAUUUCGUUGAUUCAUACACAACAUCCACAUUCACUCAGGCCCGUUCAGUUCAGCUAUUAAAAAUAUGGCUAUCAUUUGUAAAAGUUGUUAUUCCUCAAAAUCUCGCCCAGCUUUCCACAUACUCUUGUUACAAAAACGCGCCUUAGAGAAGUGCUGAGCAUUUUAUAAGAUUAAAUUUGCUAUGAACUGUACAUGCCACUGGAGACUUCGUAGCAUACAUUUUCCGCAAUUCUACGACUCAAAAAAUAUCUUGAAGGAACCAUGAACAUGAAGCAAGAUCGACGUCUGAACAACGGCCUACUUAUGCGCGUCAAGAAUUUUAUAAUGAACGAUCCCGACACUGUUAUGGUUACAAGCAAGCAAACAGCCUUUUGUCCCACACACUAUGCAAACGACAUUCUGGGAAAUUUGAGUAGAGAAAUACGCUUGACUUUUUGUACGAUGAGCCCCCCACCUCCCCCGCCGGCCCCUUACGUUUGCAAAAGGCUCCGAUGCCUCUAAACUGGGUCCUAAAAAUCAUUUGUAUUCGUAAAGGAAAAACGUAAAAAGGUUUGGUGAUUCAGUCGAGGACUGCCGAUUCUGUGCGGCAGGACCCUGGUGUCCUCUUCUCAGGAGCACUCGGUUAAUGCUUUUUGCCAAUGCAAUUUAAUAGCCAAUGAUUUCUCGUUGUAAAAGUAUACCUAGUUAUCGAGAAGACCAUGAAAUAAAUGGAGUUGUGUAAACCCGUCUAGUCAGACCAUUUUGUUGUGAAGUUCAAUUAAUUAGAGUUUUAUAAUUAUUUUUUCGCAGUUAUAUUCCCUGUUUCCUCGACAUUAAUAGGAGGCUUGUUUCUUCACUAGCUAUUGUUCAAUAGCAGCCAAAAAGGCGGGAAAACAAUUAUUAGUGAUUUCUUUCCAGCAUAUAUUCAGUAAAGAUAGGAAGGAAAGCCAUUCUAUUUCAGUUUUAAUUAUUUUUGAUGAAGAGGACACGAUAAGGGAGUUUAAGGUCCAACGACCGCACAGCAAGGAAAACAUCGCUCAAAAAGUGAAUUUGCGUUCUUUCAGUCUUUAAGCGAUUAGUCCUACCCACUUACUUUGUCAAAUGUAGGCGAAUCCUCCCAAAGCUGAAUUUCAAGGGACCAUCUCCAGGCUCAGAAAGGGAAACAAAAUUUCGUCGUUGCUUGUUUACGUCCUCCAUAAAACGGGAAAUUAGGCAUUUUCACCGCGUAGUCGUGCAAAAACGGGAAAAAAUGUACAACAAGGUGUGGGGCACGUGCAAAGUUGUUGUUUUGCUUAAUAAAACCUAUUGUUCUUGCAGACAUUCUGGUUUCCGUGGCGUUGUUGAAUCUUAAAAUCAAUAGAACACGCUGGUUGUAAAACACAAGAUUAGGUUAUAAUUUUCCAAAUUUGACUUACGUUUUUUUUACAGUAAUAUUGCCUGCAACUGCUGAAAAGAAGUUCACAGAGCAUCAAGUUUACACGUAUUUUUCGUUCCUUUUCCGUAAGUCAGAAAAUAGUGGACAUUGUUUAAUAACGUGCAAAAGAAUACCGGUAAAAUGUACCACAAACGUUUAGUUGUACAUUCUUUAGAGCGGUGAUUUGAUAAAUGUAAAUUUUCCUUUUAAGAAUCUCUACAGAAACAAACAAAUAUUCGCAAAUAAACGACUCUGUAUAUGUACAGAGUGAAACUUCGUCAUUAAUUAAUUGCGAGGCUUUUAUUCACUCACACUAGAUACGAAGCAAAAUUUUGCAAUUAGUUAAUCGCGAAGUUUUACUCUAAAUACAUAUUUAUUACACUAAUACAAAUCUCGCACUUAACUAUUUUCCUUAACUGCGAAAUUUCUGUCUGUUUAUAGUAAAAGACUCAAAUCUCGCCCUUAAGCAGUGUUUCCUUAACAACAACAACAACAACAACAACAACAACAACAACAACAAGAAGUUUAUUUCAAAUUAAAUUUAGCUUACAAAGCAUGUGCCCGCAAUUAGCGAAGGCUAUUCGAGGCGGGUACAAGAGAAAAUGAAAAUUCUGUAAAUAUAUAUAUAUAUUAAACGAAAAAUCCUAGAAGCAAUCUAGUUUGUUGUGUGGUUUAUAGCCAUAGUUGAGAAAGGAAGGCAGACUGUACUUCAUACAGAAGUACACCAUGUUACAAUUUUGAGAAUUGUCCUGUAAUAUCAGAAACGCUAAUAUAGUCGUCCUCUUUUUCCAGUAUUUCAAAGAGUUUUCUCUUUAGUUCACUUUUGAAUUGAUUUUUUAAGGUGUUUUGAGAAAGUGGAAUACUGUUCCAAAUCAAGGCACCGGAAAUAGAGAAGGCUCACUUCAUGUUUUCAGUUCUAACUUGUUCAACAUAUUAAUUUUCAUUAGUAACAGAUCUAGUCCGGUAAAUGUGGACAGAAGACAGUUUCGUGAACAUAUUCUUAAAGUUAUCAGAAGCGGGAUUAUUAUGGAUGUCGUACAUUAAAAGACUCAUUUGCUCAAAUAGCAAGAACGAUAUCGGAAACUGUUUUGUUUCUAAGAACAACGGAACUGCAUGAGUUCUUGAUUCAGCGAAGACCAUUAGCCUAAGGGCUCUCUUCUGGAGAACCAGUAGUUUAUGAAGAUGCGUUUCAGUAGCAUGACCCCAAGCACAGGCACCAGAACUGAUAUAAGGCAAAAUUAAAGAGCGGUAUAAAGUGAGAAGUACAUGACGGGGAACAAAAUGUCUGAGCUCGGCGAUAAUUCCGAUUGUUUUUAAUACUGACUUUUUGCCAAACGUAAUCUACAUGAAAUUUCCAUGAAAGGUUCGAAUCAAUGAGUAUACCAAGAUAUCUAAUAUAAUUUUUCAUUCCUAACGGUUGAGUGGUAUUUGAAUUAUUACUAAUUAUUUUUAAAGUAGGAUGAAAAGGAAUAGUCUUAGUCUUAAUAGAUAUAGUUAGUUUUUUCGAUAUUCAAGGUUAAUUUACUGACAAUUAGCCACGAGCACACGCGUUAGGCUAGUUAUUUUGUUUCGGUAUAAUUUAUAAUUUUCCCAAUCAGUGUUAAAAAAGGUUAUUUUUAUUCGUAUUGAAGUUCUCAUUGGUAAUCCAUGGUUUUGACAAUAUUUUCCCCCUGCGCUUGGAGAGAGUUUUCAUUGGGGUAUGCUUGUUUACCAAGCAGUUUAUUUUUUUGUAAAAAAGUUGUGAAAAACUUGUUUGCGUCAUUGUCAGAAAGAUUACUCCAUUCUAUUUCUUGCAGUUCAGAGAGAAACCUGUUAGCAUUGAAAUUGGAGUAGUCACCCAUUUGUUUGAGUAGUUCAAUAGUUCAAAAGUAACGCAGGACAUAAGCUUAAUUUGCAUUUGUAAACAAAAAACUUUUUCACCGGUUUUAUCGAUAAAUUCGAGUUAAAAAGACAAAGCUUUACCUGUUUAAACUUCCAAACCGAACUUCGUCACCUUCUUCGUGUAUUUCGGAAACAGCUUGCUUGAUUAGUUGUGAAAUUUCUUUGUUUGUUACGGCAGCAAACCAGGAAGGCAUUUUGCUCGCAACUUACGUGAGUUUGGCGUCGCUCGCUCGGAGGAACUGGAGGUGAAUCAGUGAAUAGUACAGGAUAUUCACUGAUUGAGUAGCCAAUCAGAGCGCGCGAAAAACACUAUCCACUGUUUUAGUAUAUACUAAAUCUAAUUAGCAAAAAAACAACUUUGCACGUGCAGCACACUUUUUUGUACAUUACCUUGCAGUUGUUUUGCACGACUAAAACGAGAAACUUCUUUUAACCUCCUGUUUACCUUUUUUUUGGAGGAAAUGUUUGUGUUCCUGUUCACGCUGUUUUUUCACUGCCGCUCAUUUUCAUCUUGGUAAUCACUAGUAUUUCUCAUUUUUUAACCGCCGCUAUAUAAUUUUCAUGUUCUUCUUCCAACCAAACUGGUCUCAACUGUUAUUUAUUUCUCGCUCUAGAUCUCUCCCUGUUAUCUAAGUUAAUGUAGACAUUAAAAUUUAGUGGAAAGAAAGACUCGUUUUUUCUUCUCUCUAAAAGUCCGGACGGUCAUGUGAUUUACCUCCGAAACGAACGAGGUGCUUGAAAUGCAAAAUUUCACCUCAGCUAUGACACACUCCUCCCCCGACGGGUUGACUUCUGACUCCCUUUCCCCCUCCCCCAGCGUCUGUACGGACGGGAGAUCGUACGCUGACGUCAUAACCAAAUUUUCUUGGAUAGAUAGACGUGCUUCGCGCGCGUAGAGCUCCGCUAUUAUUAUAAUGAUUAUCAUCAUCAUCAUUAUUAAAAACUUAUUAUAG